AUGCUUCGUACAUUUCCACCACUUGUUUUACCUGAUGAUGUCCUUUCUUUCGAAGGAGAAAGAUUUCUCGACUUGGUGAAUAAAACAUGUGGAAAUAUUUUUAAAGAAUUGAUGGAAGUACUUUCAAUCAAUACAGUAUACAAAUUACUUUUGGUUGAAAACGAUAUUCUCUCUGUCUUUCAGAAAAAAUAUCGUGAACUUGAAAAAAUAACAGAAAGAGCUUGCCUUCAUCUUGAUGAUGGAAGUAUCUUGCUUAAACCUGGAUUACGUUUGGAUUUAGAUCGUUUCAUUGAAGCUCUUCAUGCUGCAAAUGAUAAGAAUCAACACCAGGAUCAAAUAUUUAAUUCAAAUAAUGAUUUUCUUUCAUUAUUUAAAGCAUUCAUUAAAUCAUUUCAAAUAAAUGAAGACAAUGAUUCAAGAAAUAAUUUUUUGUUUCUAUUAGUUUUCAUUGAAAAUAUUUUGAGUAACCUUCUCAAAAAUAAAAACAAUUAUCGAUACGAUGAGGCUGUGAUGCAAUUUGCACAAUCGUUGUAUAUAUUGGGAGGAAGAAAUGCAUACGAGUUUAUCCGUAUGAAUCUUCCAGCAGCACUUCCAUCUUUGUCUACCUUGAAUGAUAGUCUCAAAAAAGCUGGAGAAUGUAUAGAGGAAGCAGAAUUUCGAUUCAAUGCUCUCGAUGAACAUCAAAAGUCGAUGGACUAUCAGAUAGCUGUUUGUUCCGAAGAUUGUACUGGAGUAAUAAAAAAGAUCAAGUAUAAUGCUUCAACAAACAUUUUCAGUGGAUUUUCAGUUCCAUUGAAAAAUGGUUUACCAGUUGCUCGUCAUUUUCAAACUGAUUCUUUCGAUCAGUUAAGAAACUGGUUUGAGACGAAAGAUAAAUCAUCUUACCUUAAUAUACAUAUGGUACAGCCUCUGUUUGCAUCUAAUCCAUAUUCAUCACCAUUUUUGUUAGCCGCCUAUGGGCUCAGCAAUAAGUUUCAAGCUGUUGAUGUACUCCAUCGAUGGUUGUGGAUAUUUGAAAAAUCUCGAGAAUCGAAUGUUCGUAUUGUUGCAUAUUCCACUGAUUGUGAUGCUCGAUAUCUUCUUUCGAUGAGACUUGCAACAGGAUUUUUUGCAAAAUAUAAUAAUAUUGCUAUACCUGAUCGUGUUGAUGCACUUGAAAUUGAUUUACCACAAGAGUGGAAAGCUUGGUUUUUCAUGCCGACUCGGCAAAUCUUUUUUUGUUUUCAAGAUCCAGCGCAUCUAUGUACGAAACUUCGGAACCGUAUGCUUUCUGAUGCAUCAUCUCUAUUGAUUGGGAAAGAAGAAGUUUCAAUUGAAGUGCUACUGAAAUUGAUUGAAAGUAAAUCAAAACUUGCUCAUGGUCUUGUUAAAACUGAUGUCAAUCCGAAAGACAGACAAAAUUUCACUUCUUGUCUUAAUCUCUCAGAUGAUGAUGUACUUUUAGCAUUAGAAGAUAUCGAAGGUUCUCAAGCUACGCGAAUCUAUUUACGUCUUUUACGUAGUAUCGUGUUAGCCUAUGUAGAGCAUAAUACAAUGAUUAUUGAUCGUAUCUACCAUAGUUGGUUUGGAGUGUUUUUGUGCCGUAUAUGGCAAACUUGGUUACAUGCAGUGGAUGAAACAGAAAUGCCUGAAGAUCUUAUUGAUGAACGGAUUAGUGAUAUGUUCAUCACUACUCCAGCACAUUUCUCAGUCGAACUCAAUGCUCACAGUUUAUUAGGAAUAUGCCUUCUCGUAGCACAAAAACAGCUACCUGAAUCUGCUCUUUCUAUAUCGAAUUACCAUUCACAAUCAUGUGAAUCUACAUUUCGACUUACCAGAUCGAUGUCAGGUGCCUUUUCAUCAAUAGUGAAUUUUACUAUUGAACAAUUCCUAAAGCGAGCGGGUAAACUUUCGGU